AGAAUCCACUUUUACCUGACUGAAAAAUGGAGAGGAAUACACAAAAAAUGAGGAGUGGUACCUCUAAUCCAUGCCAGAGGAUAACUCAUGAAGAUCUACGCAAUUUGCUGAAGAGAAUUCAGAAACUGAAGAAUAGAAUUCAGAAACUGAUGAACAGACUUGGAUAUGGAUCAUCUAGAAAGAGACCCAGAGAACAGGCUGCUAUUGCCUCUCUGUCUUCUCAAAGAGGAAUGUUCAAUGUACAAACAAGUUAUGAACAAAACACAGUUCCUGUUUUUAAUACCUAUGAAGAAUACCAUAAGACGGUUCUUCAGUCAUUUGAAAAUAUUUCAAUUGUACUGAACAUAGAAGGAAAAGUUGUUUUUGUAUCCCAGAAUGUGACACCUCUUCUUGGCUAUCAUCCAGAAGAUAUUAUUGGGACGAGUCUGUUAAAUCUUGUUCAUGAUGAACAAAAGGAUGACAUAUCUGAGAAGAUCAUUCUUAAUCUUCCAUUGGCAAAUAUAGUGAGAAGCCUAAUCGAAUUUUGCUGUUAUAUAAGAAAACGAAAUGUAGGUCAGAGUGGCCAGGACACAUAUUGUUACAGGGCCAUGUACCAAGGGAAAUAUAUAUAUGAGUAUGUGAAAUUCAUCUUGUACCUACAGGAUUCUUAUGAUGAAUCAUUUGCAUUUUUCUGAAAUUACGGUCCUAAUAGUAGAAAGAUUUGGUCUUCUUCUCCAAGGCUGUUAUGGGAGGAAAAGUACUAUGUUGUGGGAAACAUUUCUGUUCUACGUACGCCGGAUGAGUCAGCACAACCAGUUAACAUUCAAACAAAUGGUGUAGUUGAUGAUUCCGUUGAUGACAGUACUAUACAACACCAUAGGUUUCGAAAACGCCACCGUAGGAACAAAAUGCAAGCAGAUGCUCAGGCUGAAGUUGUGAAUGUGGAGGAGUGUCCUGAAGCAGGCACAGAACCCCUACAAAUGGACAGGGGUAUGUGAUAGAUCCAAAAUAUAUGCUAGAGCCCCAAGACAGAGAAUUUGAAGUAGGUCCAGAGUUCCUCCUAAAUGACAGCCAAGAUGCACAGGCCUCUCCAGAACAAGGAGAAUGCAACGAAGAGGAUGUGAAGAAACCCUUGGUAAAGGCAAAGAUAUCCAAUCCUAAGGAACAUGUAAUUGAUGAAUAUUCUGCACGUCAUGAUGCUUCUUCAGAUGAUGAUUUCUAUAUAAUAACAGAAGAUACCGAAGACAAGAAAGACCCUAAGUUCCAAGAAGUCAUUGUGGGUCAAGAACAAGGACAUCAGAAGGCACCUGAGGCUGCCCCAUCUUGUCCAACCACACCAUUACAGGCUGUGCGCCCAGAAGCUUUGGUAGAACCCACAGUACGCACAGAUUUGCAGGUCCAUGAUGCUGAGCAUGCUUGUUUUGACCACCGAAGAGAGACCAUUCCACGCUUUCUGCCCCCUGGACAAGAUCACUCUGGUUCCUCUUGGGCUGAAGAGGACACUAAUCCUCAUCCAUGAGGGGAAGAUAAGGCUGAAGACAGACCUCCACUGUCUGCAUGGGAAAGGGCCAUACAAAAUGGGAGAGUCCCUUGAUGGGAGAGGGUGGGUGGGUUAUACUGCUUUGCUUGCAAAUUAAGUUUGUAGUUAUUCUUAAGCAUAGUCACUUUAUUGGAAAUAUUGCUGAAGAAGUUGACUGUUACAUCCAACUUUGUGUGUGAUAACAAGUGAUCCCUGGCCCCUGCUUUUUCAACACCACUUUGUGUAUAUGUAUAUCCAGAUGUGCUUUUGUUGUGGCAUGAGCAGUGUGUCAGGGCCCUACAUAUUUUUCUUGAUGAAAUUUAAAAUACCAUAGAAUUGCAACACAGGGGGGAAACCUGUUCUAUCAUGCAGUUUUCCCAAAUUCUGAGGCCUUGUUUAUUUUUUUUAUUUCUAUCUCUUUUCUGUAGCCCCAUGCUAUAUGAUAUCCUAUGUUAAAUGGUUAUCCAAUUGUGAGCAACUAAUAUCUGUUCAAAACAUAGUACAUAUUUACUUAAUAAACACUAUGCUCUACUAC